AUGAAGGGAGUUUGUUUUAUCUUGACAUUCUCCUAUGUGGUCAUUUCUGUAAUUGGUUACAAAGACAGAAACUGGUCCAGUGAUACAGAAGGGUGCGAAAAAUUAAAUGUUACAAGAGUCCGUUUCAUGAUAGCAGUAAAUGCAACUUAUCAAGGGGAACAUGGCUGUAUUGCUUCUGUUCAAACACCCUGGCUUCCACCAGGAAAAAAAUUGAAUGAGACCAAGCCGAUCAAAGUAGGGUAUUGUGACAAGGGACAAGCGAUUUACCAAAUUAUUCCAGCAACUGACGGAAAAAGCAAAGUUAGCAUCAAUGUGACUUUUUUCUCCUCUGAUGUUCUGGAUGCUGACCCGCCAAUGUGUCAGAUUCCAUUUAAUGGGACUUUUCUCCUUCCUGGUCCAGAUGGGUACGAUGAUGAGCUCAUGCCCAAUUGUUAUGUCGAAGAUUCCAGGGAGGGGGACCGGGGAUUAACGUGUAACUUUGAUAAUGGUCCUUGUGAGUGGUAUUCUGUAAAAGGCAAUUCAGUUCAGUGGAAAAUUGGCACCGGAAGUACCCAGGACCCAUCCUCCGGUCCAGACGGUGACCACUCACCAACAGGAAAUGGCCAGUACCUCUAUAUAGAUGGCCAUGAGUUUUUCAACUCCUCACUGGUUGCUGAGAUAAGAAGCCCGGAUUUCUACAUUCUCGACAAUUCUACACUCUCCUUUUGGUACCAUAUGAAUGGCGCGGGUGUCGGAGAAUUGCGGGUUAUAUUUGUGGACCGAUAUAAUUACAGAAAUAUUGUCUGGUCGAAGUCAGGUAGACAAGGAUCAGGAUGGCACCAGGCUAUUCUCAUCUUAAAUGACCUCACAGCUUACGUUAUAUUUGAAGGAUCAACAAGGCUUCACUAUUCCUCUGACAUCGCCAUUGAUGACGUAUCUGUUUCUAAAGAGCCCUACGAGAUUACACUUGACUGUACCUUCAACAAAGAUACGUGUUCUUGGCUUCAGGAUUCAGGUGACAAUUUGGAUUUUCAUAGGUGGUAUGGACGCUCUCCAGACUUUACUUCCGGUCCAAAGAUCGACCAUAAAAAUACAACGGAGUUCUACUUACUACUAAAAGGCCACGAAGCGCGAAACAGCUCUUGGACAGCUCGUAUGUACAGCCCUUAUGUCAACAUCGAUAGCCCAAGGAACCUGACGUUUUGGUAUCAUAUGAAUGGAGCCAAUAUUGGGCAUCUCAAAUUAUACCGAGAGUUUGCUGAUGGAACUAAACAACAACUUUUUAUAAAAUCAGGAAGACAGAGCUCAGUUUGGGAACAGGCACAUAUAACGCUUCCUACUGGUUUCUAUAAGUUGGUAUUUGAGGCCGAUGCAGCUCAUCAUUACAGUAGUGACCUCGCAAUAGAUGACAUCCGUUUACAUGGUGGUGUACCUAUAGUAGGAUAG